UCUUUACUUGGACAGCGAAUGGAAGUGAGCGCUUCAGUCCUGGCGCGGCUCUAGGGCGUGUUUCUGUAUUUAAACCCAUGACCUGUGCACGCACGGCACAGACGCACUUCUCUCACCUGAACAGGACAGUUCAUCUGCUUACUGCUGUGGCACCAGAAAGCUUCAGCCAUGAGUGACAAAAUUCCAGUUAACGAUUUGGAACAGUUUGACAAGAAAAAACUAAAAAAAACGUGCACAGAAGAAAAAAACGUUCUUCCAACUAAGGAAGAUAUUGAACAGGAAAAGAAAAUGAAUGAAAAGGGGAAUUAACAGUAGCCUCCUACAGUGGCUCUACCUCCCCAUGGACCCGAUGUUACAUGCUGUGUCAACCCUGCCCGUCCGGAAGAUCAGUGUCUAUUUUAUGGCAUCAAACCAUUGUUAUAAAAAAGGAACCAAGACCAUGAAAGACCUGUCUGUCCAUGUAACAUACUGGCAUAUGUUAUUAUGUUUUUGUAAUUAUUAGAAAAAUUACCACUCAUCUAACAGUUUUAUUAGGUCUAUAUUCCUUGGCUACAUCAGAAGAAUGAAUAGUGCCAUUUACACAAAAUAAUAUUUUUCUUCUAAUAAAAUUUUCAAAAUCAA